CACGGCUGCGCACUCGGACAAAGAUGGCAACUGCGGCCCGGCUACGCUGCGGAGCGGCGGUUGCUGCUGCGGGGCUGCGUAGGCGAUUCUGUCCUAUGAUGAAUCCAUACACCAUUAAGAAACAGCCUCUGCAUCAGUUUGUACAUAAACCACUUUUCCCACUGCCUGCAACCUUAUGUAACACAGUGAGACACAUGUUUAUUCAAACACAAGAUACUCCAAAUCCCAACAGUUUAAAGUUUAUCCCAGGAAAACCAGUUCUUGAGACAAGGACCAUGGAUUUUCCCACACCAGCUGCAGCAUUUCGUUCCCCUCUGGCUAGGCAGUUAUUUAGAAUUGAAGGAGUAAAAAGUGUCUUUUUUGGACCAGAUUUCAUCACUGUCACAAAGGAAAGUGAAGAGUUAGACUGGAAUUUACUGAAACCAGAUAUUUAUGCAACAAUCAUGGAUUUCUUUGCUUCUGGCUUACCCUUAGUUACUGAGGAAACAUCUUCAGGAGAAGCAGGAUCUGAAGAAGAUGAUGAAGUUGUGGCAAUGAUUAAGGAAUUGUUAGAUACUAGAAUACGGCCAACUGUGCAGGAAGACGGAGGAGAUGUGAUCUAUAAAGGCUUUGAAGAUGGCAUCGUACAGCUCAAACUCCAAGGUUCUUGUACCAGCUGCCCCAGUUCAAUCAUUACUCUUAAAAAUGGAAUUCAGAACAUGCUGCAGUUUUAUAUUCCAGAAGUAGAGGGUGUAGAACAGGUUAUGGAUGAUGAAUCAGAUGAAAAAGAAGCUAACUCACCUUAAAAUAAUUAGCAUUUUCUUUGGGCCCAGCAGUUGGACUUAUUGAUAAUUAUAUGAAGCUUUUAUUAUUAAUCUGCUAAGGAACUUGAGGAUUAAUAAAAUAUGCCCUUUUUCCAGA